CAGGAAAAACCGCAGAGUGAGAGGUCCUGCGGCUGGAGGAGGACGGCACUGAAAACAUCGCAGAACUCGCUGGAAUUUCGAGUUUCUGUUCCGCUGCUGCUGGUCUGGAUCUGACCCACGGGAUCGUUUUUAGAACAGGAGAAACAAUCGGAAGCCAAACCAAAGCACCAAUUAAAACAGGCCGUCUGCUUCCAGACUACGUUUCCCAUGGAGCCGUGCACCAACACACUUUUGGUUCUACCGUGGAGUCUCCUAACAGGGUUUUUGGUCCCAAAGAACCAGUGAGACCCAAGUAGACCCGAUGUGAUUUCACCAUCAGAACCUUGAGGCCAUUGUUUCCUCCUGUUGCACCUUCAUCGGAACUUCCCUCUUCUUCAAGCUUCUCCAGCUGGGGACUGAAACAUCUUCCCAGUCCGUGUGUUCAGAGGCUCGGUCUGGACCUGCUCUCCAGCUGCAGGAUGGCGGCCCUGUCCUGUUUGGUUGUGAUAGUUGCUGCUCUUCUGCUACCUCUCAGAACUGAUGCCGCGGGUCAGAACCCUGACCACGUUCUGCAGGGGGUUGGUGAGAAACCUGAGGCCCGGCGUCCCGGCGAGGACUCCACCAUCGCGCCUGAAGACCUCCCCCGAUUCCUCAGCUGCUACUGCUCAGGUCACUGUCCUGACGACGCCGUCAACAACACCUGCCAGACCAACGGUCAGUGCUUCGCCAUCAUCGAGGAGGACGAGAACGGAGAUUCCCAGCUCACCUCCGGCUGCAUGAAGUAUGAAGGCUCUCACUUCCAGUGCAAGGACUCUCCCAAUGCUCAGACCAGGAGGACAAUCGAGUGCUGUAACACAGAUUUCUGUAACGGAGACCUGAGGCCCACCCUACCGCCACAGAUUAGCACCGAGAAUCACUCCCAUUGGCUAGCCUUCCUCAUCUCCAUGACAAUUUGCUGCUGCACUCUGGUCUGCGUCACCAUCAUCUUCUACUGCAGGUACAAGCUGCAGACUGAACGUGAACGAUAUCCCAAAGACACAGAACAGGAAGUGUUCAUCAGAGAUGGCGAGUCACUCAAAGACCUCAUUCAUCAGUCACAGAGCUCUGGCAGCGGUUCGGGGCUCCCCCUGCUGGUGCAGCGGACCAUUGCCAAGCAGAUCCAGAUGGUUCGUCAGAUUGGGAAAGGUCGCUAUGGAGAGGUGUGGUUGGGACGGUGGAGGGGCGAGAAGGUAGCUGUCAAAGUCUUCUUCACCCGUGAAGAGGCCAGCUGGUUCCGUGAGACGGAGAUCUACCAGACAGUUCUGAUGAGACACGAGAACAUCCUUGGGUUCAUCGCUGCAGACAUCAAAGGUUCGGAUGCCUCCACGCAGCUCUUCCUCAUCACAGACUACCAUGAGAGCGGCUCCCUGUACGACUACCUGAAGCUGACCACGCUGGACGUUCAGGUUCUGCUGCGGCUGGCCUACUCGGUGGCCUGCGGCCUCUGCCACCUGCACACAGAGAUCUAUGGCACGCAGGGCAAGCCAGCCAUCGCCCACCGGGACCUGAAGACCAAGAACAUCCUGGUGAAGAAGAACGGCACCUGCUGCAUUGCCGACCUCGGUCUCGCCGUCAAAUACAACAGUGACACAAACGAGGUGGACAUCCCUCUGAGCACCCGGGUGGGGACGAGGCGCUACAUGGCCCCUGAGGUCCUGGAUGAGAGCCUCAACAAGAACCACUUCCAGGCAUACAUCAUGGCGGACAUCUACAGCUAUGGCCUUGUUGUCUGGGAGAUGACCAGGCGCUGCAUCACCGGAGGUAUUGUGGAGGACUACCAGCUGCCGUAUUAUGACAUGGUGCCCUCUGACCCCUCCUAUGAGGACAUGUUGGAGGUGGUUUGUGUUAAAGGACUUCGGCCUACUGUGUCCAAUCGCUGGAACAGCGAUGAGUGCCUUCGAGCCAUGCUGAAGCUGAUGUCAGAGUGCUGGGCCCAUAACCCCGCCUCCCGCCUUACAAUCCUCAGAGUGAAGAAGACGCUUGCCAAGAUGGUGGAGUCCCAGGACAUCAAAAUCUGACCGUCCUUCCCUUCCAGACUUACUUGAGUCGCUCCACCCGGACCGGAUCAGACUGGAUAGGUUCUGCCAUGCUGCCUCUUUCAUCUCGAGGAGAAACUGGGAGAUAAAACAGGGCCUUCCUCAGAGUUGAACUGUGUACCUCCUUCUCUUUUUUUUUUUUUUUUGUCUUCCUCAUUGGGAGUGAGACAGCCAGGCGUGAUGCUUUCUAUGAAAGCCAAACGAGACGAUAACAAAUCUUCUUACUGAGAUGAGAGGAACAGACGCAUUUUGUUUUUCCUCUUCAGGACUGAGCCGUAAAGGAACCAAUCUCCAUCUUCAGUAGGAACUUUCUAAGGUACUCUGAGAACAUGUGACCUGAACAUGUAAAUAAAUGUUCUACCUGAAAUCUCUGGAGUCCAGCUGACUCCAACAGGAGACGUCCUCCGUCCUGUUACAGUCUGUUCAUUUCCUGUCCAUGUGUCUCAGAUCAAGUGGUACGUGUAGGGGUGGGGUUCCUUAUAAAGCCCCGCCCACCCUUCUAGUUAAUCAAAUAUGGUUGCGGGCUCUUAAGCGUUGAACUGCGAUGCUUCUAUUUAAGAUGUGAGAUUUGAAUUAAAACCAGCAGACAAACUAAAGUGGGUUAAAUUACCUACAGUAUAGUUAGCAGCUGCUGCUCCUUCACCAUCACCUGCAGUUUCAUCACCACAAAGGUGCUAACACAUCAGGACUAGUUGAUCAUUUAGCCUGGUUCAGCACACUUACAGUUACAGCCCUGUUCACCUAUUAAACACUCCAUGUGUUGGACUUGAUAUGCCAACAGAAAUAAAGCUGUUCAGCGCAGUCAGGCUAGCAGUUCCCCUUUGCUACCAGUCAUUGUGCUAAGCUAACCUCUAACAUGAAAAGUUUAGCAGGACGCAGUGCUUGCUGUGGCUCUGUGUGCAUGUGCACACGUUUCUAUAAGGAAGGAAAGUGCCCUGAGUAGGAAAAAUCUAAUGAUAAAUGUUAAAAGUUUUGUUUGUACAGCAUCUGGUUUGGUGCCUUAUGAAUUUACCAAGGAAAUGAAAAACUCGUAUUCCGUCUGUCCAAGUUACCAAUUUUUAAAUAAAUAUUAACCUUAUUUUAGUAAACAAA